UACAAUUCUCCACUUUUUUUCUCCCUUAAAUCUCUCUCCAGCAAUGAAAAAGAUUUUGGUUUUUGUGGGUUUGAUCUUGUUAGUUAGUCCCAUUCUCGUUUCCGCCGAUGAUGAUGAUUGCAGCGAUUCCGGUUUGGAUGAUCGGAAUAAGACCGAAGCGUUGAAAUUCAAGUUGAUUGCGGUGGCGUCGAUUCUCGUCGCCGGAGCUUUGGGGGUUUCUUUGCCGUUCAUUGGGAAGGUGGUUCCGGCGUUACGGCCGGAGAGCAACAUGUUUUUCUUCAUUAAGGCGUUUGCCGCCGGCGUGAUUCUGGCUACCGGCUUCGUCCACAUCUUGCCGAAUGCUUUCGAGACCCUCUCCAGCCCCUGCCUGCCGGAGAAGCCGUGGCGGAGCUUCCCGUUUCCCGGCCUGGUGGCGAUGCUCGCCGCCAUCGGAACCAUGAUGGUGGACUUGGUGGCGACGAGUUGUUACCAGAAAGCCCACUCCGAUCACAAGCCCAAACCCGUUGACGACGAUGAGAAAUUGGUCGAGCAUCAUGGUCACGUCCAUGUUCAUACGCACGCCACUCACGGGCAUUCCCACGGCGCCGUGCCUUCUCCGGUGGUGGUUUCCGGCGAGCCCGAUUUAUCUCGGCGGCGCGUUAUCUCACAGGUUCUGGAAUUAGGGAUUAUGGUUCAUUCGGUAAUUAUUGGGAUUUCUUUGGGGGCAUCUGUGUCUCCUAGUACAAUUGAACCCCUUGUUGUGGCUUUGACUUUCCACCAGUUUUUUGAAGGCAUGGGACUCGGAGGUUGCAUUGCCGAGGCUCGAUUCGAAGCUCAAGCAACAACUAUAAUGGCGAUAUUCUUCUCCCUCACAACUCCGGUUGGAAUUGCGAUUGGUUUCGGGAUCUCAAAUAUGUACAAUGAAAACAGUCCCAGAGCCCUAAUUGUGGAGGGCAUUUUCAAUUCUACAUCUGCUGGUAUACUGAUAUACAUGGCUCUGGUAGACUUGAUUGCUGCAGAUUUCAUGAGUGCAAGAAUGCAACGUAGUUUCCAGUUGCAGAUCGGAGCUAACGUUUCACUUUUACUGGGUGCGGGGUUGAUGUCGCUCUUGGCAAUUUGGGCAUAAUUAUUAGAGCUACACAAAAUUAGAAUUUAGGACUUUAAAAAAAAUUAUGUGUCUUUUGAGGCUAGAGAAAUCAAUAUAAUUGCUACUUUAGUAGCACUUGUAACCAUUAUAUUUUCUUUAAUUUUGGAGAGGUAUAUUGUUCUAAUGUGUUCUUUCAACUGCACUUUUAAGUGCAGUGAAUACUAGUAUUGGAUGUAAUAGCUUACCCCAAGGGAAUCAAAAUGGAAAAUGCAUAUUAAAUCAA